UUCUCCCCUUCUUGCGUCCGUUGUAACAGCUUGCUAUUUGUUUAGGCUAACGUUUAUUGAAAGUUUAUGACACCAUGGAGUCUUCUGGAUACAAGAUUAGCAACCGGUCAAAUCCUUUUUCCGUCAAUUCCCUGCUGUCUGAUAGCAGCCUGAAGAAGUUCCAUCCUUAUCUAAGACAAAGUUCCAUGUUCAGAAACCUCGACCUCUCCAUGCUAGGUCCGAGGAUCGAGCUGCCCACUCUUGCUCCUCCCAACCCUCCUUCCCCUGUCACUCCCGCCGGACAAGGGGUUCAAGUCAGCUUGGAGAACAACGAGCUGUGGAAGAAGUUCCAUGCUCUGAACACCGAGAUGAUCAUCACUAAAACGGGCAGGAGAAUGUUCCCGCCAAUUAAAUUAAAGCUCAACGGACUGAACCCAAAUAGCAAGUACAUCGUGCUCAUGGAUAUGGUACCGGCUGAUGAUCACCGAUACAAAUACCAAAACUCUGAAUGGGUGAUAGCAGGGAAGGCCGAGCCGACAGUUCCCGGACGAAUGUACAUCCACCCAGACUCGCCAGCCACCGGUCUUCAAUGGAUGAAGGGCCCCGUCACCUUCCACAAAAUGAAACUCACCAACAACACCCUAGACCAACAAGGACAUAUCAUACUGAACUCGAUGCACCGAUACCAGCCGAGGAUCCAUGUGGUGGAAGCAAAUGACAUCAAGUGGCUGCAGUUUGCCUCUUUCACCACUGUAUCCUACCCUGAAACUGUGUUCAUGGCAGUUACUGCUUAUCAGAAUGAUCAGAUAACUCAACUGAAGAUCGACCACAAUCCCUUUGCUAAAGGAUUCAGAGACCUGUGUUCCAACAAAAAUAAAGACAAGAAUCAAGCCAGAAGCCCGACCCAAGUGAGCAGCACUACAUCAGACCAUCAGUCCCCUCAGAGGCUACUCACUGAGCCGUCUGGCAAAUCUCCCGAACCUACCAUAUCAAGUGAGAGACCGUUACCAGGAGGAUUUGACACCUCCCCCACGUACGUUCCCGCCAUGUACCCAGGCUCCCUUCCCUCCACACUCCACCCUCCCACCAUGCUGCAACUCAAGGACUCCCUGAUAGCUAGCCAUCACUCUCUCCUAGCUACAGCUGCCAGCACUCUCCUGAACAAAGCGGCCGCUUCCCAGCUACUCCAAGCGACUCCCCCGACUCUUAGUCUCCCGCAGCCAUUUAAGCUGGAUCUCAAGCAGGCUCUGGAAGCACUUGCUCAGCAGGUUGCUCUGGAGAAGUCAUCAAGUCUGCUCAAGCAAACGAUAAAGACGUGGAGACCCUGGGAAGACCGCUAAUAAUCGGCCGAUAGCCGCUGUCGAGGCUGAUUGCAGAAUUAAACAGAAUUGUUAGAUGAGUCAGAUAGGUUGAUAUUUACGGAAGUCGAGACAAGAGAUUCGAGGUCACGAAACAGAUGAUCCAGAUAUUACUGAAUGUUUAUUGGAAGAGAGCCAAAUGAACGGACUUGAGGUCUUGCAGAGAGACAUGUUUUAGCUGUCAUAAAGUUGACUAUAAUAUUUAAAUUAUUUUUCAGGUUACUGUCCAAUUUAAUUGAUGAAAUUUAUAUUUGUAUGUAUAGCUCGUGAAAUGAAAAUAUUUAAUUUUUCUGACGUAUUAUGUAUCUAAAUGCCGACU